AGAGGAAGAGGCAGCUGGUCCACUCCAUUGCUGAGCAGGGAGCGCAGCCGUAAGUCUCCGGCAGGGAAGAUGUCGCAUAUCGUCACAAGAGUUACCACACAUAGCCGUAAAGUAUGUUCCCUGUACAAGCGGUCCCUCAGGAACCUGGAGGCGUGGUAUGACCGACGGUAUAUGUACCGGUAUCGUGCUGUACUUCUUCGGGCAAGGUUUGAUGAGAACAAGGAUGUUAAAGAUAUGAGGGUAGCACAGCAACUCCUGGAUGAAGGCGAGAAAGAAUUGUUCAGUCUCAUUCAUUACCAGCCACGCCAGUUUGCAUACUCUCCUGGUGGGGUGGCUCAUGGACGUGAGGUGGUGCCCCCUGAUUGGGUGCUGGACUACUGGCACCCCAUGGAGAAGGCUGCUUAUCCAGAAUACUUUGCCAGGCGUGAGCAGCGUAAGAAGGAGUACAUUGAAUGGUGGGAAAAGACCUAUGGCAAGCCAGCAGAACCAGCACAUUAAUUGUGGCAGCACAUCUAACAUGUGUAUUUUGUAAAUACUAUAUAUUGAUAAUUAUGUCUUAUAGGGUAAUUUUCAAAAGUCUGCAGUCUUGCUUAAGUACUUUGAAAUUAAUAAACUGUUAAAUAAU